UAAUAAACCAAGCUCCACAAUGUUACACGUGGUGAGUCACCCCGAAUGAGAACAUAUUAAUCAAGCGACCUCUACAGGCAUUUGUUUGAGAAUUUAUUUAAGAAGGGAGCAUCUUUAAAGGGUGAUUGACACACAAAGCAGGUGUGUCCAGCUGCACACUGACAUCAUACAGGAAUUUUGUCCAUAGUCAUGAUGAGCGAAGGGGCAUCUGGAGACAUCACUGGUUUGGAGCUGGAGGGAGUGAUUGGGACAGAGGAGACCCCAGUGAACACGCUUCAGAGAUCAGCAGAGGAGGAGGGAACCACCACUCGGAGGAAGAGGAAGAAGAAAAAGAAAGAGAUCAUCUACCGCUCUGACCUGGAGGAUGAUGACGCUGGGGAGGGGACCUCUGCGAAUGUGGAUGGAGCCUUUAGUCCUCCACCUGACGAAGAAGAAGAGGAUAUCCCUCCUGACAGCCGUUUCGUGACCCUGACUGGCACCAUCACACGAGGAAAGCGGAAAGGCCAAAUGGUGGACAUCUAUAUGACCCUUACUGACAAAGAGCUGAGAGACAUGGCUCGAUCCAAAGAGCGUUUAGAUGCAGAAUGUGAUGGGCUCGAGGAAGCCAAGCAAAAACCCUGCGCGCUGGGGGUCAGCCAGGGCCCUCAUGUUCUUCUCUGGAGCCUUUCCUGCUCCCCGUUCAUCUUCCUUCUCUCUUUCAUCACGUCGUUUUACUACGGAACGCUCACCUGGUACAACGUCUUCCUGGUUUACAAUGAGGAACGCAGCUUUCUGCACAAGAUCACGGUGUGUCCCUUGCUCAUUCUGUUAUAUCCGGUUCUGAUCAUGGCGUUGUCUCUUUGUAUGGGGGUGUACGCCGCCGUGACCCAGCUCUCCUGGGUGUUUGGGGAAUGGUGGCUGGCGGUGAGGGACCUGGAGAAGGGCUUCUGUGGGUGGAUGUGUGGAAAGAUGGGGUUGGAGGACUGCGCCCCGUACAAUGUGGUUGAGCUGCUGGACUCUGACACUCUCUCCGGGACCCUCCGGGGGAAGAGGAUGGAUGAUGUUGAACACACUUCUACUUUGUGAACGCAAAAACAUGGAAUAACGUUCUGGGUUUAAUAUAAAUUAAGCUCUGUCAACAGCAUCUGUAGCAUGCUGUCGAUUUUAAUUUUUUUUUAACUUAUUUUGCUC